GUGAGCAUUGUCAGCUCGCUGACCAGAAAAUAAGCAUUUCCUUUGCAAGUCAGAUCUUGCUUCUUUCAGAUUACGCUUCUCUCUUCUCCUUGAUGCUUUUAUUUCUUCUUUUCUCUCUUGGUUUUAUUCGUGCUUGUUGUUCAAUUGAGGUCUCGUUUUGUUCCCAUUCCCUGCGUCGAACCGAGGUCAAUUUUCUUUCCCCUCUUCACAGUUGCAUUUGAAACAACAUGUCUACAACGACGGGAGCAUUCAUAGCUGGAGGUAUAGCAGCAUGUGGUGCUGUCACAGUCACCCACAGCUUCGAAACAGUGAAGAUCAGGCUGCAGCUACAAGGAGAAUUACAAUCGAAAGCCGAGGCAACCAAGAAGUAUCGGGGAGUCUUUCACGGCAUUAAGGUUAUUCUGCAGAAUGAGGGCCCGGGCGGCUUAUUCAGAGGGCUGAAUUGCGCUUAUGUCUAUCAAAUCUUGUUGAACGGCUGCCGCCUCGGCUUCUACGAACCAUUACGCCAGAACCUUACCUCCACCAUCUACAAAGACCCAAGUGUUCAGUCCCUUGGAAUCAACGUUUUCUCCGGUGCUGCGUCCGGCAUUGCGGGAGCAGCUGCUGGCUCUCCCUUUUUCUUAGUGAAAACCCGGCUCCAGUCCUACUCUCCUUUUCUUCCUGUCGGCACUCAACACAAAUACCGCAAUGCAGCUGACGGAUUACGGACGAUUUACCGUAAUGAAGGUGUGCGAGGCUUAUAUCGAGGUGUGGAGGCGGCCAUGGUUCGCACUGGCUUUGGUAGCUCUGUUCAAUUACCGACAUACUUCUUUGCAAAACGACGCCUAGUUAGGCAUCUCGGUAUGAAAGAAGGCCCGGCCCUGCAUUUAGCCAGUAGCACGGUGUCUGGAUUUGUCGUCUGCUGCGUCAUGCAUCCUCCAGACACUAUUAUGGCAAGGAUGUAUAACCAGACUGGCAACCUGUAUAAGGGUGUUUUUGACUGUCUGUAUAAGACUGUCCGUACAGAGGGCUUCCUCGCUAUCUAUAAGGGCUACUUUGCGCACCUGGCCCGUAUCCUGCCUCACACUAUUUUGACGCUCAGCUUGGCGGAGCAAACCAACAAGUUAAUGCGUAAAGUAGAGGGCCGGUUACUCUCCGAUUCGAUUCGAGCGAGGAUUUGAACAUUGAGCAUACGCCGAGCCCCGGAUGCUGGUCUCUAAUAUCUCGGGUUCCGUGUCCCACGUGUGGAUAGUGUACAGAUUUGCGUAUUUUUAUUCUGCUUUGUGGGCUUGUCUUCAAGCAUUGAAAUAUCCUUUGGCGAAGGCGUUUUAUUACAUUUUAUGUUUUGUUUAAUAAAUGGACCUUUUUUUAUUUAUUUUAUUUGUUUCUUCGUCCGGAUAUACGGUGUAGGACUGUCAUCUGUUUAAUUGAUCGGCACUGUUGCCUCCGUCGGUGAAAGCUCUAUUCCAGGGCUGGUAUUCGAUCUAUCAAGCCACCGGAAGACAAGACGAUGAAUACGAUACAUAUGGAGUCAUAG